AUGGUUCUGAAUAAUAGUGCGGCGGGAGGAGGCGAAAACUACAUGGAGCCAGUCAUAUUGCCGCCAGCAGGAACAGCAAGUCAAAGUAGCAGCUAUGGGAAAGGUACCGCUGGUGACCACGGGAUCUCAACUAGUAGAAUUUGUGUGAAGAUAUCUGACUCUGCAUAAGUACUUGAUUCAGUUUCAGUAGUUCUUACUUUAACAUAGCUUUAUCAAAGAUACAUGGUCCUCCUCAUGGUUCUUGCUUCUAUCUUCGAGAAGUCAUCUUCCACAGGUGGCAAAUGGAAGCUGAAAAAGUGGAAAGUGGCUCCAUUGAAGAGCGACAUUAUAGUACGAGACACGCAGGAGCUGGCCUCUACUGAGACUAAGCGACUACGGGAAGGCGAAAUAGUAGAACAAACAGGACCAGAGUUGCACUUGGAGGUGAAGGAUCCAAAUACUGGAGUUCGGCGCGGCUAUGUGACGCGAAUGCCGAUCACGCAUCCGCAAGCCAUAAAUUAUCCGCAACCGAUUGGAUGGGUAAAAAUUUCUCUUACGGACUGACUGAAGACUGGUGACAACACGUCGGAGAAUUCAUCGCGGCUUAGCAGAUCUUGCUCGCAUAUUAGAAGAUUGACCACGUGUAGUUUGUGAUCAUCGUUUCAUCAUCACUUACUUGUUCUUGUUUUCAUUUACGACCUUGAGCAGCUUUACAUCAUUAAACACCAUCUUCAUCGUUCCAUGAUCCACACCAGGUAACCCUUUCCGCAAAGCAAUUAGGAGGACCCGAGUAUUUCCUGCCAGGUCCGCAGGCCGUUGAAGUCCAGGUCGGCGGCAAGAAAGGAAGCGCGAAAGGCAAGAAGGCAAGCGCCUACAUGAUGCAAGGAAUGAGUACUGCUUGGGGAGGCGCAGCCGCGACCUUGUACAAGGGAGGUGCAGUUGGAGGCGCAGCAGCGUAUAUGUAUGGCGGAGCAGUCGGAGGCAAAGCCGCAGCAGCAGGCUUCUAUGCCUCGAAGAGUAGCAAGGGCAAGGGAGUAAACAAAGGAGGGCCAAAAGGGAAUUUGACGUGGACAGCACCAAGUCCGCCAUCGCAGCCGGCUACUGCGUAG